AUGACAAAGGGCGUCCACAUCAACGUCAACGUGCAGUACAAGGCGCUGCCUGGCGCCAACGUCGCCAACGUCAUCCAGGUCUUUGAGUCGACGACAUGGGCCAACUUUAUGGUCACGUACGUUGGCCCGCACCUCAAGGCGUACACACCCGCAAGCACGACGAUCCUUGCGCAGCUCCCGUCUUGGCAGGCCGCCCCCACCGACGACGCGUGCGUCAUUUGCAUGUCGCCGAUGGACGACGACCGCAUCGCGCUGCCAUGCCAGCACGCCUUCCACCACGCCUGCAUCCGCGAGUGGCUCUCGCGCCGCAACACUGCUGCCUGCGACGUUGUGGUGCGCGUGCAGGCCGAGCGGUUAUCGGGACCGGCGUCGCCCCAGAAGACAAGGAAGCGAUCCUUGUCAGCGUCGGACGCGGCCGCGGCGCUCAAGCGUCUCCGCACGGGCUAA